GUGAGGAGCUGCCUGUUGACAGCUCUCUUGUGAAGUUAGAUGUUGUAACAUCAUUAUCUGAUGGGAAAAUGGUGAGGCUGUGAUCUUCGCUGCGGUCCACAUUCGUGUCGUCCCUUAAAGCGCUGUUGGUUAAAGUUUACUUGCAGCCUGGCUGUCUGAGAUGGAUGGUGGAGAGGAGGUCAGAGUAGAAGCUGCCCCACGCUGCUGCUCCACCUGUGACGGAGGGGAGGUCUCUGGCCGCAGCCUGGCUCGACGCAACAGGAAGACCCGCAGCCUGAGCACAUCUUCAGACAGCAGCUCCUCCGAGUACAGGAGGAAUCAGUCUCUUCAUGGACCAAGCCCUGUGACCACAUUCGGCCCGAAGGCAUGCAUGCUGCAGAAUCCACAAGCGGUAAUGCACAUCCAGGACCCGGCCAGCCAGAGACUGACGUGGAACAAGCCACCGAAAAGUGUCCUUGUCAUCAAGAAGAUACGAGAUGCCAGUCUGCUCGAGCCUUUCAAAGAGCUCUGCGUAUUCCUCACUGAGGUUAAAAACAUGAUUGUUUAUGUGGAAAAGAAAGUCCUGGAGGAUCCAGCCAUUUCAGGUGAUGAAAACUUUGGGACCAUUACUAAGAAAUUCUGCACUUUCAGAGAAGAUCUUGAUGACAUUUCCAAUCGCGUGGACUUCAUCAUCUGUCUUGGAGGAGAUGGAACUCUGCUGUAUGCGUCUUCGCUCUUCCAGGAUAGCGUUCCACCAGUUAUGGCCUUCCACCUGGGCUCCCUGGGCUUCCUGACGCCUUUCAAAUUUGACACCUACCAGUCUCAGGUCACCCAAAUUAUCGAAGGUAAUGCUGCCAUCGUCCUGCGAAGUCGCUUGAAAGUCCGGGUGCUGAAAGAGAACUGGGAGAAGAAGGCCAGAAUGGACGACAACGGCAUCAUCCUGACCAAUGGGGACACUGAAAGUAGCCGGAAAGCUAUGCAGUAUCAGGUCCUGAACGAGGUGGUGGUGGACAGAGGACCCUCCUCCUACCUCUCCAAUGUGGACCUCUUCCUGGACGGACACCUCAUUACCACAGUGCAGGGAGACGGUGUGAUAGUAUCUACACCAACAGGAAGUACAGCGUAUGCAGUGGCAGCAGGGGCUUCCAUGAUCCACCCCAAUGUCCCAGCCAUCAUGAUCACCCCUAUCUGCCCACACUCACUCUCCUUCAGACCCAUCGUGGUACCUGCCGGCGUGGAGCUCAAGAUAAUGCUGUCACGCGACGCCAGAAACACUGCCUGGGUGUCAUUUGAUGGAAGGAAGAGACAAGAGAUCUGCCACGGAGACAGUAUUACCAUCACCACUUCCUGCUUCCCCGUCCCCUCCAUCUCCUUCCGGGACCCGGUGAACGACUGGUUCGAGAGCCUCGCCCAGUGUUUGCACUGGAACGUGAGGAAGAAGCAGAACUACCUCAGCUCAGAGGACGAGGAGUUCUGAGGCCGCAUCCACGAUCUUCAAGGUCUCCUCCAAGGUCUCAGGGCUCCUAAGUCCUAAGUUGGUUUUAGCUUGACCGUGCUCUGUGCCAUUUUGUCUUUUGUGGAUUGGGGGGGGGGGGGGGGUCUUACCAAACUCUAUUCAGAAAAGUCUGCCAUAAUAAUGUUGCCUUUCAUAAGUAUUAAAAUUACUCCAUAGAGCACUGUGUUGCUGCAGUCCUCCAUGUUUGGAAAAUAACAUCAAAUGAAUAAAUAAGACAUUUUAAAAUAAAAUAGAAUAUGAAUAAAUUAGGUGAAAUAAAUAAACCAGCACAUUCUGAAAUAACACAAUGAAUGAUUAAAACUCAUCAUAUUAUAAAAUGUUUGUUUUGUGACAGUAGAGCUGUCACACUUUGAACUAAAAGGGCCAUUAAGAAAAAUGUUAAUAUAAAAAUCAAAACAGACUUUUGACUUUUGAAUAGAAACGUCUCCUAUGUAAAAAAAAAAAAAAAACCUCUUCAAUUAAAAAAAUUGACAAAGAGUUAAUUUUAAAAAAGUAGUUGAGUUUUGAUAAUUUAUGAGAUUAUUUCAAAACGUAUUGGACACCGUGCGACUCUGAACGUGAACCUAAUCAAACUCUUCAUGCUGCUCAGAUGACCUGAGUGUGUGUGUUAGAAGUAUGCAGCAUCAAUGAGGAGCCUGUAAAAUGAAGAAAACAUAUCAUGUUCUACUGUGUAAGCGCGUUGAAAUGGCAGAUUUAUGAAUGGAGUUUGGCCCCACUAUUGUUCCAGGAUUGUCCCUGUGUGUUUUCUGUCUGUGUGCUGUGAGACCUGGCCUUUUGAAGUCAAAACACGGUUGUAGAGAAGGUUUUUUUGUCUCGUAAUCAAAAGGAAAGCGAGGCUUGGGAUGAUCUAGGACGAAAAUGCACAAGGUCAGUUGUGGAUGGCAGUCAUUGCAGUACUCUUGGUGGGCAGAAUCAGGUCUGUUCGAGCACUUUUUAACCUUAAAGACAGACAGUAGAGACACAUGUCCUGCUUUAGAAACAAUAAAAGCUAGUUCUCUCAUUAGAGGCAAUGGCCACAUUGCAAUUCACUGGAAAAUGUUUUUAAAAAAUCUCUCAGUUCAAGAUUUCCUAAAUUCUGUUCUGUUCAAUCAAAUCUGAAAAAACACAUGUAAUGCUAUCAAUGAAUGAGGAUUUUACACAAUUUUAAUGUUCUCCAUGGGGAAGAGCAGAUUGACAGCACACCUACUUGGCAAUAGUGGCCCAAGUGUUCAGACUGUGCCUUAAACACUGGUUUCAUUCAUGUAUGGAAGGAUUAUUUUUCAAGGUUUACAUCACAGUCAUUUUUUUAAUCACACACAUGCACAGAUCUGUGAUCUGUGCUUUUUUCUUGUAACCACGUGUUGACCGUUGUCUUUGCUGUGUGCAGCACAUGACACUCGAUUGACUAACCGAAUCACAGAGUAUGUUCCAUAGUGCGUAGGAAAUUCAUUGUAUGACGCCUCAGGGCUGCGGCGAGUUAAUUACUUCUAGGCAAGGAGACCACAGUUCAGAUGCCCCCUGCAUCUUUUUAAGGUCUGUUUUUAAAAUGUCCUUUAAGCCAUAGCUGAACUCUGUAGGUUUUAUAGACCAGUGUGUGUGGGUGAUUUAAGGCUCUGUCACAGUCUAUGUGAAUACUUAAAGAUGGCCUACCUUACAUAUCUGUUCACAGAAAACGUCUAGAUGUUAAUAUAUACAUUGUGAACUGGCUGGACACAUCGUGUCAGGGUGAAAAUAUGACAAGUGGUGACAAGUCUCAAGUGGACCAACUGAACUCUAAAAGGCAAUCAUUCCUUUAACUCUGUAUAUACACUAUAUGUGACGCUUGAAUGGGAUAUAUUUUGUAAAGUCUAUAUGUUUAUUAACUGGUUUACAAAAUAUCAUUGGUGAAAAUAAAUCUAUUUGGUACUUUUUUACAUGAAUAAGUUCUUGGUGGUUAAUUUGUUUAUUGAUGAAGAAAAGUCUGUUCAACAGUUCUGAUUCUUGAACUCAAUUUUUUGUCUGGAAUUGGUCAAAGGGCAGUGAAAUACAUUCAAAUAGAGCCAAAGCUUAUUCUAAAUACAUUCCAAGACCACUUGAAUAGUCUGAUUUUCAGAUGAAGUUCUUUGAUCCAUGUGUCAAAACCCAACGUGGUCUAAAUGUUGGUCUGAGCUGUUGAGUCCCGGUGAAGCCCAGUUCGACUAAAAGCUUUCACUUCUCUUUUCAAUGAAGCAUUGUCAACUCCUCUCUUCAAGUGCUUUCCACUUUUAUAACUCUGAGACUCUAACUCUGAUUUUUGUAUGGGUACGUUUGUUAAUGUUUCUAAUAUGAAUCCUGCUAUUUUUUUUUCCAGAGCACUUUAAUAAACAGAGAAAAUGUAACCA